CUUGCCAGUCGUCAUUUGUGGCGGAGGAAAAGCACACUAGUACCUACGAUCUUAUUUCAGUAUUUGCAUGAGAUCGAUCCACCAUGGCCGGAGGCCUGAUGGUGCUUCAAAUGCAGUCAGCGAUGGUGCAAAGAUGGCUUCCCUCCUGACCUCUGGCUCCGCGCAGCUGUUCCGGCGCUUCAGGACUCUGCCGAUUUGCCCUGCUUUUGGGAGGCUGCUGAGAGGGUCAGGGGUUGGAUUUAGCCGUGGGCCCUUGAUAGAUGCAAGCUGCCAAGCUUCAACAGGCAUUCUUUCUGACAACAUGUCACCAGAUGUCAAAAAGAUGAAGGUUCUGUUCUGCUCCCACCACUUCACGGAUGGCUUCCGCUUCACUCAGGACUUUCUAGCUGAUGAGUCAGCAAUAGAGGUGGUGCGGUGCGAGAGCGACAAGCUGGACGACAACGUCGAUGAUGCGAGCGUCCUCGUCCCGCAAAUGACUCGAAUUGGGCGCGAGACAAUCGCAAAGGCAAAGAAGCUCCGCAUGAUCCUCCAAUUUGGAGUGGGCCUGGAAGGCGUCGACACCGAAGCCGCCACUGAAGCUGGGGUUAUUGUUGCGCGGAUACCUGGGGCUGCGUCAGGGAAUGCGCCCUCGUGUGCAGAGAUGGCCAUAUACCUCAUCCUGGCACUGCUCCGUAAUCAGAAAGGCAUGGAAGAAGCUGUGGCCGCCUCGCGCCUCGGCACGCCCACUGGCAGAACGUUGCAAGGGUUGACGGUUCUCAUCGUGGGCUUUGGGGCGAUCGGUAAAGAACUUGCCGUGCGACUGAAGCCGUUCGGUGUGCGUCUCCUAGCGCUGCGGGUCAGCGGCGGGCGGCCGCCACGAAGCGACUCACUACGUGCAAUGUCAACCGAGCCCCCGUCGUCCCUUCUGAGGGAGGCGCCAAGCACAGAAAGCACAACGACCGAACGGCCGACAUCAGACGGAACUGACGGAACGAACGGAACAGAAUCGACGGAAAGUAAGAACGUAAGGGAAUCCACGGGGACGGGACGUCCGGAAGGAACGGAAGGACCGGACGGAAGGGAAAGAACGGAACGGACGGACGCGUUUGAGGGGCUGCUCGACGAGCAAGGGGCCCUCGACAAGAGGGACGAGCUGCUGGCGCGGGCUGACGUCAUCGUGCUGGCGUGCCUGCUGACGAAAGAGACGCGAGGGUUGGUCAACGAAGACUUUUUGCGGAAGAUGAAGCAGGACGCCAUCCUAGUUAACAUCGCCCGGGGACACCUUCUAGACUACGAUGCGGUGCGGGCCGCUCUAGAAAACAAUCGGUUGGCCGGAUUGGGAAUGGACGUGGCGUGGUCAGAGCCGUUCGAUCCAUCCGAUCCCGUCGCACGUCAUCGGAACGUCAUCCUGACGCCCCACGUGGCGGGCGUCUCGGACAAGUCGUACCGCACCAUGGCAGAGAUCAUUGCGCAUUCCGUCCGAGAACUCCGUGACGGGCAGCCUUUCACAAAGAUUGAGGUCAUCAAUCAGGUUAGCAAAGGCCGGUAGCUAACACUCAAGCUUGCGUUCUUGUCAGACGAGGCCACCGCUAUUUCGGCCGAUGGCCAAAGUCGUGCCAGCUUUUUAAAGCUGCCGCUGAGCUCACUAUGUGUAUGAAUACAAUAUUAUGAGCCCCAAGGACUGGGUUCCUAUAAUCAAUGUACAGGCGCCCCUGCAAACCUAACCUGUAGCAGACAGUACAUGAAGGAACGUGAUCUUACCACGUCCUUAUUGGCCGGGCUUGUCGAACCAACCCGUCUGCG